AGUAUCGAAUCGAACAUCAUGAUGACCGGACGAGUCGCUCUCGGGUUGUUGUUCAUAUCUAUUGUCGCCUUGGCAGAAGGUGCUAGAAUAUUAACCGUCUUGCCGCUGGGAGGUAAAUCGCACGACAUCAUAGGAACUGCCUUCGGAAAGGUUCUUGCCGAUGCUGGCCACGAUGUGACUGUGAUAACGGCCUUUGCUUCUAAGAAACCACCGAAGAAUUACCGGGAAAUCGUGCUAACUGGAUUAGUGGAAAAAGCCAUGCAAGGUCAAUUUGCUUUCAACUUUUUUGAAAUGCGAGGUGGAAUCACGACUUCUUUUUUAAUGUUGGUGAUGAUGUACGGAAUGAUGCCUGACAGGAUGUUCGAGUUGGCAAUGGAGCAUCCGAACCUUGUAAGUCUUAUGAAAUCCGACGAAAAGUUCGACGUUGUUCUGCUGGAGUCCUUCGUAGCGGAACAGUUUUAUGGAUUGGCGCAGCACUUCGAUGCCCACCUGAUCACCUUUUCCGCAUUUGGAAACUCACUAUGGACCAACAACCUAGUCGGAUGUCCUCAUCCGACGUCGCACUUGGCACAUUUUUCGCUCAGCUAUACCGAUCGCAUGACAUUUUGGGAACGGUUCAUAAACACUGCCUUCACUGAGUUCGAUCGGAUCUACUAUAACUGGAUCUAUUUGCCGAGACAAAAGAAAUACUACGAUUUAGCGUUCCCCAAUGCUAAACAAAGUUUCGAACAGCAGAUGAAGAAUGUUUCCCUAGUUUUUCUGAACCAACACUUCACACUUAGCAGUCCUAGACCAUAUCCACCCAACAUGAUCGAAGUAGGAGGGAUUCAAAUCGAUGAUCCAAAACCGUUACCGAAGGACUUACAAACGUAUCUUGAUGAAGCCACAGAGGGAGUUGUCUAUUUCUGUAUGGGCUCCAACAUAAAAUCAAAGGAUCUCCCUCCUGUGAAGCGCGACGCCUUCCUGAAAGCGUUCGGGAAACUCAAGCAGCGUGUUUUAUGGAAGUUCGAGGACGAAAAUCUUCCAAACAAACCAGCAAAUGUGAAAAUCAGCCCCUGGGUUCCCCAGAGUGACUUGUUGGCCCACCCGAACGUGAAACUGUUCAUUACACAUGGAGGUAACCUCGGUACGACGGAAUCUUUGUACCACGGCAAACCAAUGGUGGGCAUACCUAUCUUCGGAGACCAAAUGAUGAACAUUGAAAAGUCUGUGCGGGCUGGAUACGCGUUGCGGCUCGAUUUCGAUGAUAUCAACGAGGAAACGGUGGGGCGAUCUAUCAACACGGUACUGAACGAUCCGUCAUACGCAAGAAAUGCGAAAUUAGUAUCAGACCGGUUGCGAGAUCAACCGAUGACUCCGCGGCAAACUGUCGUUUACUGGGUGAACUAUAUACUGCGACACGGUGGAGCGCCACAGCUACGUUCACCCGCAAUGGAAUUAUCAUAUUUACAGUACAAUUCACUCGAUGUGUACGCCGUUAUGCUGCUGAUAUUGGUGGCUGUUGUGGCAUUCAAUGUGUUCAUCGUGAAGAAGUUAUACCGGAAAGUGUUCCGAAAAAACUGCCCGGCAGGUGGAAAAAAGAAAAAAGCCUAAUAAG